AUGCCGGAUACUGCUGGUCAGAAUGCGCCCGUGGCGCCCGUUGCGCCCGUUGUUCCUGAGAAGCGUGAAGAAACCGUCGAAGUAGUCGAUAAGCCCGUGGAAACUCCCGUGACUGCAGCCGAAAACACUGAGACUGCAGCCAAAGCUGAACCUGCCAGUGACCCAGCCAAUGAGGACGUGGCUUCAAAUGAGGCUACUGUCUCCACCACUGCCAUUACAGAGUCCGAAGUGGCCAAGCCCGAAGAAACCAAGCCCGAAGAACCCAAGGUUGAGAAGCCAGCUUACCUGAGCAAGAACCCGGCGUUGGGCGAGUUGUUUAACCGUCUGCCAACCAUCCUCGGAAACAUUGGUCACACUGAGAUGUGGGGAGUGCCUCUCAAGGACAGCGACGAUAUUCCCACCGUCAACGUGUUGAUCAAGUUCCUGCGUGCAAACGAAGGCAAUGCCAAAGCCGCCGAGACCCAGCUCAGCAAGGCACUCCAGUGGCGCAAGGACGUGAAUCCGCUAGCAUUGGCAGAGUCCGCGAAAUACAGCGCCGCCAAAUUUGGAGGCUUGGGAUACCUGACCACCUAUGAGGAGAAUGGACGGCCCUUGGUGUUUACUUGGAACAUCUACGGAGCCGUGAAGGAUAUCAGUGCGACAUUCGCGGAUACUGAUGAAUUCGUCCAGUGGCGCGCCGCUCUCAUGGAGCUCGCUGUGCAGGACCUGAAGAUGAAAGAUGCUACCGAGGUCAUUGAGUACGAUGGCGAGGAUCCCUACCAAAUGAUCCAAGUGCACGAUUACCUGAAUGUCAAGUUCUUCCGUAUGGACCCAUCUGUCCGUGCCGCAACAAAGAAGGUCAUCGAAGUGUUCGCUACGGCAUACCCAGAGCUCCUGAGUGAGAAGUUCUUCGUCAACGUUCCCGCGAUCAUGGGCUGGAUGUUCACCGCCAUGAAGUUUAUCCUGAGCCGGAACACCACACGCAAGUUCCACCCGAUCACGAACGGCGCCAACCUGGCUCGCGAGUUCUCUGCUUCGAUUGCCGAAAAAAUUCCGAAAGUCUAUGGUGGAAAGGGUCCGGAGCUGAAGGAGAAUGCUAGGUCCAUCCCACUGGUUGAGGGCAAGGAACAGGAGACCAAGGACAAGGGCAAGUCUCCCGAGCAGCCUACUGUUGCUGAGCCCACCAAGGAGGCCGCGGUUGCGAAGGAAGAACCCUCGAAGACGGAGGCUGCGAAGAAACCCCAGGAGGAGGCGCCAUCGAAGGAAGAAACUCCCAAGGUGGAGACAGCCCAAGAGGAGACUGCUAAGGAGCCCACCAAAGCAGAUGUUCCCAAGGCUGAGUCUCUGAAGGAAGAGCCUGCGAAGGAUGGAGCCCAGUAG